CUUUUUUCUUCUUCUUCUUCUUUUCGUGAUCCUAAGAGAAAAAGAUCGAAAAUAAUUUCAGCUUGCCUGGACAUAGAAGCUAGACCAAUUUAAAUUCCCUAAUACAUAAAUAAAGAUAUUGGUAAGUGAUCUGAGACUGGACAAAGAGCCAAGAAAGAAACUCAUUUAAUUAAAGAAAUAGAGAAAUUUCAGCUUCCCUGGACGUGAGUAAGGAAGUUAAACUCAUUUAAAUUUCCUAGGACAUGAAUAAGGGAGGUAGUUAGUGAUUAUGAAGCUUCCCUGGACAAGAGCAAAGAAAGAAACUAAUUUAAUACAAACUUGAUUGAGCCUGAGAAGGCACCGUUACAGAGGGACAAAUCCAGCAACACACAGCUGAGCGUGCCCAAGGAAACACGGCGGCUGUCUGACGGGUGGCGGGCAGCGGCUUACUAGUUACAAAUGUCAUUCUCUCCACCCUAUGGCUGCAUGACAUCGUAGACCACCAGCACGCAGGAGACACAGGGACCCUAGAGGUUGCGCGGAGGCUGUGGGAAGAACUGGAAGUGAGAAGCUAUGGUGGAUGUGCUGCCGAAGUUGCAACGUGUUGAUGUGUGGCCAACAGACAGACCGUCUCAUCUUGACCAAAUGAAUCUUCAGUAUUGCAACGAAAAUGACUCAGGAGGUCACCGCAGAAGCAGUCACUAUACAAGGCCACACUACACUGGCAACCCAAAUGGAAGGAGACAAAGAUACAGGAACAGUGAGAGCCUCAGUGGUCAGUCAUGGAGCCGUGACACAUUUGCUCACUCGUCACAGUUUGUUCCCGCCCCAAGACCAUCAAAGUAUGCUCAGAAGACUCGCAGUCAGUCAAUGCGCAGCUACCUGAACCAGAUUAAACUUAUCGAGAACCUGGCAGAGUUCAAGAAGCAUCCCACAGUGCACGCUCAUCCUCUUCAACGCCCCAUCCAUGGCUUGGCCUGCAAGUGUCUGCCCUUCAGUGGUAACGAUCUCACCAGCAAGACUACGACCAGCCUAGGAUUGCGGAACUUAUUGCGGGUGUCCACCAGUAAUGCAGACAGAUAUUUUCUCACCAGAAAGUGCUGUUAUGUCUUCCACUGCUUAAACCUGCGCACCAAAUUUCAUUAUCCUGUCAUACCAAAUAAGCUCAUCAUCAAGGAUGAGUGUGUGGCAGCAGCGCUGGAGCAAGUGGUGGCAGACGAGAUGGAGCAGAAGGGACUGGAGGCAAGUGACAAGAAGGCCUAUGUCACUCUAUUGGCUAAGUACACUGCCAGGGCCAACAAGCUGCUGCAUGAGAUGAAGGCAGCACUCUCCAGCACCCUCAUCAGAUUAACAGGCUACGUGUUGUUCAAAGUAUUCAGCAACUUGUUCUCCUCCGUAACGGUGCAUGGCGGUCAGAAGGAGAUGAUAGAGAGAGCAGCACAGAAGGACAUGCCAAUUAUAUACUUACCUCUUCAUCGCUCACACGUGGACUACUUGUUUGUCACCUGGAUCCUCUUCAACCAACAAAUACCGGCCCCCAUUGUGGCCGCCGGGGACAACCUGCGCAUGCCUGUGUUUGGGUGGCUCCUGAGAGGCCUUGGAGGCUUCUUCAUCAAAAGACGGCUGGACACUGCAAAGUCUCGCAAGGACAUCCUGUACCGCUCAGUGCUGCAGACCUACAUGACUCAUGCACUACAGGCUGGAUACAACCUAGAGUUCUUCAUUGAAGGAGGACGAACUCGCACUGGCAAACCGUGUAUGCCUAAAGGCGGCCUUCUCAGUGUGAUUGUUGAUGCAUACAGCAACGGCACUCUUGAGGAUGCCCUCAUCAUUCCUAUAGCAAUCAACUAUGACAGACUUCUUGAUGGCAAUUUUAUCAGGGAACAGAUGGGACAAAGCAAGGUGCCGGAAUCAUUUUGGGGAGCAGUGCGAGCAAUAAUCAAGGUGCUGUCUACUAAUUAUGGUCAUGCCAGAAUUGACUUUGGGCAUCCCUUCAGCCUCAGAGAAUUUAUCCAAACCAGCAAGAGACGAGAAGUCUCUCAUCUUGCCAUCAAUCAACCACAGGCUGAGCCUCUGCCUGGAUGCACACCUCCCCUCUCUCCUUCACCUCCUGAUGAAAGCCCAAGACUGUCUAUCAGUGGUUCAAGUCCCCCACUCUCCCUCCCUCUUGUCAAUGAUAAGGGUCACCAGCGUUCCUUGUCGUCUCCUGCAAACAGUAAUCAUCUGGUACUAAAAAAAACCUCCUCCAAUCCAUCCAGUGCUGUGACAGUGGCAAACAAAGCCAUCACACCCCACCUCACGGGUGCUCGAAGCAGCUCCUCCCUAUUUGGCACAGAAGUGACAGAGGAAUACAGAUUACUAGUCAAAUCUUUGGCUGUUCACAUUGUGUAUGAUGCUGAACGAUGCCAAGCCAUCAUGUCCACCAAUGCCGUGGCCUGGCUGCUGUCAUUUGUGUACCGCAGUGGGACAAGACUGUCCACGCUCACCACAGCACUGGAUGCCCUCCGUGACUCCCUCAAAGCUAGAAAGAGGGAUACAGGCUUUUCUGGCCAUUCUGAAGAAGUUGUUAGGCAUGCGGUACAACUACUUGGACCAGGAUUAGUGAGGACAGAAGACUUCUCAGGAAGCAAUAGUUCAGCCUGUGAUAAACCUGAUUACUUCAUAGAACCUGUCACACUCCUGCCAAACAUCAUUGAAUUCAACUACUAUGCCAGUACCCUGGGACCGCUCUUUGCUGCUGAUGCUAUUGUGGUUACAACCUUACUUUCAAUGACUGACUGUGAUCUGUGGAGCUACAAAGACUGUUCUCCAGAUUGUUUAAUUGACAAGGAAAAGCUGUUGCAGCGUGCAAGUCGACUGGCCUCAAUACUUCAGCACGAGUACCUGCUGGCUCCUCCCUGUGCCAAGCAAGGAGAUAGACUUACACAGGCACUAGACAACUUGGUAGACAUGGGAUUGCUGCAAGCUACAGUCUUUCCACAGAAAGGGGUAAGGAGAUGGUCAGACGACUCUGAUGAAGAUGAUGUUGGUUACUACCACCACUUCAAGGUGACCCCAACCUCCUCCUCUUUGGAAGUCAUUGGUGCUUGGAGGAACAUGUUGGUUCCCAUGCUGGAUGCUUACUGCUACACAGCUCACUGUCUCCAGAAACUGAUUGCCACUCAAAUGCCAGACAAGGAAUUCAUCCAGAGUUCUCAGAGCUACAUUGGAUCCCUGCUAGAAAAGGGUAUUCUGAAAUAUGGUGAAAGCAUUUGUAUUGACCCGAUUCGGAAUGCUGUCAAGCUCUUUGAAUCGAAAGGAGUUGUGGAAAGUUACACACUUGAUAGCAUUCGCCUGUUGUAUCUUUCCAAAGAGUUUGACUCUGAAGACAAGCUCUUGCCCUUUAUCAAUGAAAUAGACAGCUUCAGGUCAUGAAUUGUGAUUGUCAAUGCUCAGAAUGACCUCAAGGACAACAACUCAAGUUACCUUGGCAGCAAGUGUCUCCCAAUAAAGGAGUUGUGAAGUAACUCAUGGGUCAUAAGGGAACACAAGGAAGGAGCAAUGUGAACACCUGGCUACCACUUCACUCUCUUGUUUACCUGCUUUGCCCAAGUGAGCGCUUCCACCCAGACUUGUGAGUGCUGCAGCCUGGUGUCAGUGGUACAGUAAUGCUAUAAGGGCAGUGUGGCACUGUGUAUGAGAUUCUGUAUGCACUGUGAACUUCAGAUUUUUCUAUAGCUUGUAGUAUAGUUGUGCAGCAAGCAUAAUGGUGUAUUGCUUGCUAUGAGACUAUUCAACCUGUACAUACAUGCAGGGGAACGUCUGUAGAGUGAUUAAUCUUCAGGUGUUUUGUUUGUCUGGUGGGGUAAUCAUUAAAACAUUGCUCAAAAUUUUCCUUGAAUGUAAACUGAAAUCACUUGAGAGUUCCCUUUACCACCUAUCAGCUGUUACAUCAAGACAUCAAGUCUCUGAGAGGUCUAGCAGUGAAUAUCUUUGGAGUACACAGUAGAAGUUGAAAAUUCCUUUUUAUACUGAGGAAAUUAUUAAGUUUGCUUUUUAUUUCUUUUCCUUUUCUUUUUAAUUUGUCUUUAGUGUUGUUUUACUCAGAUUUUUUAUAAGUAUUUUUUUACUUUUAUUUCUAUUAUUAUUAUUAUUAUUAUUAUUAUUAUUAUUAUUAUUAUUAUUAUUAUUAUUAUUAUUAUUAUUAUUAUUAUAACUAUUGUUUUUUUAUGCUUUCAAGGCAUAUUUUCUAAAGCAGAACAAUAAUCUAGUCAGUUAUUGUUUCCUGUCAAAAUGAAUGCAUCUUGUUUUGUACUGUGUUUUGCAAUUGGUAUUGGGCCAGCAAUGGUGUUGAUGUCAGCUGUCAAAUCCUGGUUGGGAGCCCCAGUCCAGCACUAAGCACUCAGGUGGUUGCUGUCCAUAUCACUUACUGUACUGUGUAUGUAUAUUAGUUUGUCUUUGGAUAAUCAAUGUACAAAUAUUCAGUAAAACAACCUUUCAUUAUUAUUAUUAUUAUUAUUAUUAUUAUUAUUAUUAUUAUUAUUAUUAUUAUCAUUAUUGUUGUCAUUAUUAUUAGGUUAUUUAUUGAAUUGUAAAAAGAAGUUUAUGUAUAUUUGAGUUCAUCUAAUAUGUAUAGAUGAGAUUUACAGUGCAAUCAUGUUGAAAGAGACAUGUCUGUACAUAGUGUUUGAUAUGUAUUUGUUCACUUAAUACUACCUAAAUAAUAGGAAAAAUUUCAUUGCAUUGCAGUGUAGAAUAAAUAUUUUUAGUUACCAUCAAUUAUUACGAAAAUGUAAUAUUUAUGUAGUUAGCAUUUAUAAUAAAUUAGAACUAAA